GUAAUUUCAAUGUCUGCGAUGACUGCUACAAUGCCCACUACGCAUCCAUCAUUAGCCUCAUCAAGACCACCCGCAACGAGGAAAGGUGCUGGCAGUUGCUGAGCGCGGUGCCCUUGCACAUGCGUGACACGCCGGAGUACCACGCAGCAAGAAAUCGGGUCGCACGGCGCGCCAAGCAGGAGGAGGCUCGGCAGCAGGAGGCCCACGACAUCCACCUGACCUACGCCCAGGAGCAGGCGGCUCUUGCAGCCUUCGGUACGGAGGCUGGUCCGUCCAAGAUGCGGGGGAGAAUCCAGGGCUGUGUUGCCACCUGCGACAAAGCUCUGGAACAGUGGCCAUACGCACAAGUGGCUUUCUGGACGCUGCUCGCAGCUUACGGAGAGCACAUGGCCACGGCCCUGACGCGGGCAAUACAGCUGGGGCAGCUGAAGGCGCCAUACUUGGUCGCUGGUCUCUCCACGCUCAUCGGUGCUGCUAUCCUUCAGGCGAUGCUGGCCGCCUUGCGCCUCUUCCGGCGCCACUUUGGCGAGCUUCCCCCUGUGCCUGCACCUCCGCCAAUUCUGCUGCCCUUCAUGCGGCGGGCGAUGGAACAGCGCGGGGACAUCCCGGCCGGGGAAAGCUUUCCCCGCCGCCGGCGUAAACGACGGCGUCGGCCGCAACCGCAGUUGCCGGAGGAGCCUCGAUUCUCUCCGGAGCAGCCGCACUUCAUGCAGGUCUAUGUGGUCCUGGGCGUCUUGAUGGGCCUGGAGUGGGCCAUCCGCGCCGACUGCCAUUUCCGCGCACCCAUCGCAGCGGAAUGCCUCGGUUUGGGUUUCUAUCCAAUUUGCCUGCUGCUGGCUGGGCAGUUCUGCGAGGGCAACUGGAAGGACCAGCGUCUCACCUCCGCGAUGUGCUUGGCCGCCUUAGCCGGCUUGCUGUUGCUGCCGGGUGCCUGGCAGAAGCCGAAGAAAGAAUGGGACAUCGCGAUGGGUAUGGGUGUUGCAUCCCUUUUUGACGGCCUGCGCUGGGGCUUGACAAACAAUGUGCUGGCUCCGAGCGAGUAUUUGCCCUCGGAGCGAUUCAGCGCUGCGGUCGUCCUGUCAGCGAACAUGGCCACCACUGCUGCGCUGUGCCUCAUGGAGCUGAGCAUCGUCUUCAACUUGACAGGUUUUGCGUAUGUCGUUGACAUCACAGAUCCUCUCACCCUGGUGGUCGAGCUGUCCUGCCUGGGCAUCGCACAAGCGGCGCGACUUGUGGCUUACCUGAACUUGGCCCGCGCUGGGUCCAUCGCCGUCAUUGGCCUUGUGCCGCUGAUACCUGCCACGCUCUCUGUGCUGGCUGAGUGUAUCUACCCUCCCGCCGGGGAGCCGGCACCUACAUG